AUGCGAAUAGGAACUUGGAAUGUCAACAGCUUUGUCAACAAGACCUCGGAAGUUACAUCAGAGAUGGCUAGGUUCAACCUAGAUAUAGUUGUUCUUUCUGAAACGAAGAAGAAAGGGAGAGGAAGUGAACAUCUCGACAACUUCCUUCACUUCUGGUCUGGGAUAGAUAAGGCAAAACGAGCUCAAGCUGGAGUAUCGGUACUGAUUGCGAAAAAAUUAUCUAAAUUUUACAAGAAUUACAACGCUGUUAACGAAAGAAUAGUAACUGUCACCUUGACCAUUUUCGGAUUGGAAACCGUAAUAAUAGGUACUUAUGCGCCCACAGAUGAAUCAAACCAAGCGGAAAAAGACUCUUAUUAUGCUGCACUCUCAAAAGUCCUCACAGAAAUAAAACCGAGCCAGGAAGUCUUAAUCAUGGGAGACCUUAACGCAAGAAUUGGUAAGAAAGAAGAUAGCAAAGUGGUUGGAAAACACGGGGAGGACGUCCUUAAUGAUUCUGGAGAGAGGUUAAUUGACUUUUGCGAACUGAAUGGUCUACGUGUACUUAACGGCUUCUUCCCACACAAAUUGAUUCAUCGAUACACCCGAGAGAGGCCCUCUCUGCAACAAAAAUCUAUAAUUGAUUAUACGAUUGCUAAACAAAUAUCGAAACUCAAAUUCAAAGACUGCAGAGUUAAGAGAGGAGCAAAUUGUGGAUCCGACCACCGUCUGGUCGUUGCAGAAUUAGUAGUACCUUUCCAGAGCAGAGCCAAAAGUAUAGAAUACACAACAUCACAAGAACUGGAAAUUGAAGAAUCUGAGCGUAUUAAGUACAAGCUUCAUUUACUACACGAUGCCAGUAUUAAAUGGUUAUACCAGAGAAGAUUAGAUGUAGCCCUAGAGGAAGUGAAAGCCCGUAACGAUGUAGAACUAGAGUAUACCAACCUAAAAACCCUAAUUAAAAAAGUAGCUUUCGAAGUUUUAGGUGAACUGAACAUGCAGAAAAAAAAGAUGAACCAGCUUGGAUAA